AUGGACGUUGACAGCAUUCCUCAAAAGAAACUUUCGAUUAUCCCCACGCGCUUCUCGCUCGCUGCGCUCAUCCCUGUCGCUACUCUUAUAGUUGUCGACCUCUUCGGUACCAUCACUGCCGGAAGCACCAACCACCAUCCAAGGCAGGCAAGAACUACGGUUCCUAUGCUCCCUGAAAACCUUUCUGGACGUGGCCAGGGAUGGGUGAACACUGUCCAACAACGCCCGGAGUAUUGUUCUUGUUGGGCCAUCCUAUCUACGGACUCAAAUGGCCACUCCCAAUGA